AUGGUAGCAAAGGCACCAUCUUUGCGCAAAAAUGCUGAGAACCAGCGAGCCACAAUUAGACGCCAACACCGAGUUACUGGUCCAGCAAAUACAACUGAAGAACAUUUGCGGAUAAUUAUAGAAGGGAUGGUCGCUUUGGCGGUCUUUGGAAGCGCUUUCAUAGUCACGAGCUCACAAGAUUCGGGUCUAAUAGCUAGGGUAAAAGUGACAGCGAAGACUACCCCUUCGAACCCCGAAAGAAUUCUUGUGUCUUUUACCCACGGAUUGGUGCUCGACGAUCUAGAUCUAAACAAGGAAAGAAGCGGCAACGCGGCGGACGGCGAUCAAUUCCCGCAGAAUGAAAAACAGAGAAGUUGA